CGACCCGCCGCAUCACUCAGCAGCCAAACUAACAGGGUCACACACACGGGAGCGGGAUACAGGAAAUUGAAUAAAACACAAAGAAGUGAAGAAAAACACACGAGCACAGACUCCCACCGGCAUGCCGUACGGUACGGUGAACCUGCUGAACGGAGUCAGUCCACCGAAACACCCGUCACUUGUACCGCCGGCGUGGGAACCUUCAUCCUGGAGUUCGCCACGCUGAGUCGACUAGCAGGAGACGCAACGUUUGAGAACGCAGCCCGCCGAGCCCUGAGAGCACUGAGAGCCCUGAGAGCCCUGAGAGCAGAUCUGACAUCGGGCUGCCGCAACACACAUCAAAUGAACAGAGAGCAAACGACGAUGGACGUAGUUCUUCUGCUCAUCAUGGCUGCACCAGGGCUGUGUGCUGUCUCAUCACAUGCUGAACGUCAGUUCCAUUUUAUUUAUGAUCUGAAGAACAUGACUGAAGCACAAAGUUACUGCAGAGAGAAAUACACGGACCUGGUCACUGUACACAACAUGGAGGAUGUGAACACCCUGAACGACAUGGUGGAUUUAAGCAGAAUUAAAAACACCUUACGGCCGUACAGUGUUUCCCUUUUGAGCUGCAGUGGACGUUAUCCUUCAUCACUUACAUUAAAGUGCUUCACAAGAGCGUCUCUUAUAGUCCAGUAUGAAGAGGAGGAAUGA